AUGAAACCCGUGCGAGCUACGAUCGGAAGGUUGAAAAAUGACGCUUGUCCUGCGGCUGACGACUGGCUGAUAACGGAGAUCAACGUGCAGUUGGCGUUGUUUCGCGACCUCCUAAUCCACAUCGGUCAACCACACGACUGCCCGGAGCUACGCGAGCGCGUGCGUCGACUGCGCCGCGCAUGCGUAGAAGCCACUAAGACUACAAGCCAACUAGUUUUACCGAAUUGUAAAAAGUCAACGAGCGACGGGUGCGCGGAACAGCCUCAGCUGGUGCUCCUAUACUUCAUGGCACAACUCCUGCUUCGGGAGCUCGCUAAGUGCCACCGCCUUGUACAGCUUGUGCCAAUGGAUAUGACCUCGUAUUAUGAGAAUCGAGCCGGUCCGUCCAAUUUCGGCAACGUAAUAAGUCAGAUCCUGCUAUGCAAGCAGAUCACUCCUGAUUUCAACCAGGAGGAGCUCUGCAGCAUUGUAAAGGAUACGCAGGAGAUCACCAGAAUAGUUAACGAUAUACAGGAAUAUUUGCCACAGCAUGAAAAUCUCAAUCAUUUAGAGAGCAACAUCGCGUUGAAAGGUGACGACGUGAACGGACUGUGGAGGAGCAAGCGGAGAGGAUCGCUGUACAAAGGCAUGGGAGUGCUGUGUUGUGUGUCGCGGCCCAACUACCUCUGA